CGUCAGGAGCAGGUCGCAGGAGUCUCAACUCCCUCCCCCCCCCUCUCCUCCUCCUUCUCCUCCUCCUCCUCCUCCGCCUCCACACACUCACACUCAUGCACGCACACGCGCGCCCCCCGCUCACACGCUCACGCACAGCCUCCUACCUGCAGCUCUUUCGGUAGCCAUGAAGAGACAGAACGCGCGGACCCUCGCGCUCAUCAUCAGCAUCCUCACCUACCUGGUGGUGGGCGCGGCCGUCUUCGAGACCCUGGAGUCCAAGGAGGAGAAGACCCACAAGAGGAGGCUCGACUCCAGGAGGCACGAGCUCAUGCGAAAGUACAACUUGACCAAAGAGAACUUCGAGGAGCUGGACCACGUCGUCCUGCAGCUCAAGCCGCACAAGGCGGGCGUCCAGUGGAAAUUCGCCGGGUCUUUUUACUUCGCCAUCACUGUUAUAACGACCAUAGGUUACGGCCACGCCGCGCCCAGCACCGACUCAGGGAAAGUCUUCUGCAUGUUCUACGCCCUGCUGGGGAUCCCGCUCACGCUGGUCAUGUUCCAGAGCCUGGGCGAGCGCAUCAACACCUUCGUCAGGUACCUGCUGCACCAGGCCAAGAAGUGCCUGGCGAUGCGUCGCACCGAGGUGUCCAUGGCCAACAUGGUGACCGUGGGCUUCUUCUCCUGCAUGAGCACGCUGUGCGUGGGGGCCGCGGCGUUCUCCCACUGCGAGGGGUGGAGCUUCCUCCACGCCUUCUACUUCUGCUUCAUCACGCUCACCACCAUCGGGUUCGGGGACUACGUGGCCCUGCAGCGGGACGACGCGCUGCAGAACGACCCCCGCUACGUGGCCUUCUGCUUCGUCUACAUCCUGAUGGGCCUGACGGUGAUCGGAGCCUUCCUCAACCUGGUGGUGCUCCGCUUCCUGACCAUGAACACCGAGGACGAGCGGCGGGACGCCAAGCAGAGGGCCCUGAUGUCCGGGGGCAAGCACAGGGGGGAGGUGGCCCGCCUGCUGCCGGUCUCGGCCUCGACCUCUUCCACGCCGGCGGCCGGCGGCGGCGCCGCCAGGCCAAGGGAUCUAAAAGGUGCCUACACCGAGGUGCUGCACUUCCAGACUAUGUGCUCCUGCUUGUGGUACCGCAGCAAGGAGCAGCUGCAGGGCCCGGUGGCGGGCGCGACCCCUCAGGAGCUGACGUUCUCCGAUGCCUACUACGCGCGGCGGGGCAGUAACUAUCCCCACUGCGCCGAGCGUGGGUCCACGGGCUGCGUCUGCAGUCCGCGCCAGUGCUCCAGCAUCAGCUCCAUCACGACGGGCCUCCACCUCUUCUCCCCCUUCAGGAUGUUCAAGAGACGCAGCUCCGUGUAGCCUUUGCAGCUACCUGCCGCUAAUCCCAGUAAACAGUAGGAGGGGAGGGGGGGCGGGGGGGGGGCAUACAGUACUGUAAACAGCAAAAGACUUCCUCAAAUAUGUGUUUUAAGAAAAAGGAAAUGUUUGGACUUGAGCUCUAAUUGUGUAAAGGCGUCAUCUGAACGCGAGGUAGAGGUGCUGCUGGGAAGGUGUUUCUGUCCCAGAGGUGCUGAUUUAAGUCAGAGGGUCGUUCCUUACGGGUUUUCCUUUGACGUGUUUGUGACUGAUGCUGCACAAUUUCGGGUUUCUAGUCGCCUCAAGUUACCCUGAAAGCCCAAACAAAUCGUGAUUGUCAGAACUGUUUUGAAGCUGACACACACACACACACACACACACAUACGGAUAACUUGACAUGAGUCAUUUUUUCCUGUGUAGCUGCCUCUGUUAUUUCAGAGGUCUCGGCCCAAACUGCUGGUGCAUCAGUCACAAACGCUGCAGAGUUAUGUAACGUCACAAGUGGAAAAGUUCAAAAAAUCAGGAUGACAUAUCGCAACGCAGUAAAACGGCAUUAACACAACGACACCCACCGGCAGUGACUGAAACGCGCUCCAAUACGCUUGGAAAGAAGAUAGCGUACUUUUGUGUUGCCUUCUUUGCGAGGCAAGAAGAUCACUUAAAUUCCACCCUUUACGUCACGUUAAGCACGGUCAGCCUUCCAGGUGUGAAAAGGAAAUCCUCAUCAACUCAAACAUGUGUGUUAAACUCAAACAUGUGUGUUGAACUUGGAGCAGCGGGAUCAAGCAGUUGAAAUGAAAUGGCAUCAUAUUAACCUACAUGCUAAUGUUUGUCCUGCACUAUGUUUACCCAGCGGUUCACUCGUCUCCACUCCGGAACGCCUCGAACGACGUCACGAACCACCUCCGCUCUGCACACAAAACAACCAACACAAGGUCACCAGGCCCAUGUGUUGUCACGUGGGAUUGUGCAAUGAAACGCAGUAUUGCGGUUCCCAAUUUCGUAAGAAAAACACACAAAAACAACACUAUUUUUGGAGGAUGAACGUCGGGCCCAGAAGCUGCUCUUAAGUCUGGUGGCACGGCAGCUGAUGCUUCUGUUGCCACGCGGCAGCAGGGUGAACAGGCGGCGCUGCGGUGGCUUUUGUCUUUUUAUAUCCUUUGGGACCCACCCAGUGAAAGCAUUUUUUCACUCACGUUGGAGGGGAUUGCGAGAGACUUGUGGCGUGAUGUGUUGUAAUGUGUUCGCAUAUAUAUAAGUAUACACAUGCUGGUGUGUCGUUUGUUCUUUUAAAAUGUAUUUGGAAACUUAUCUUUUUGUUAACUAUUACAGAAUAACUUUUUUUUAAUGCUAACCACAUUACUUUGUUCCAUGUAUUCGUUCCUCCUUAAGCCAGUAGCUGGUUAGCUUAGCCUAGCAUAAACAAUAGAAACAUGGGGAGGGGGCAGGGGGGGGGGCAGCUAGCCUGGCUCCGUCCAAACGUAACAAAAAUAAACAAAAGUAUUUUUCAACCACAAGUUGUUGGUCAUCUCGUGUCUCAGGAUGUUGUUGUGGCUUUCUUGCAUAACAAUACUUUUUUUUAAACCUCAACUGAACAGCAUGUUUUAAUUUUAACCCCAACCAUGUUUCCUGUAAACCUGUGUAUAAAAGUCCCCAAAAAAGGUUUAUCUGAGCAACAAAGCAAAGUGCCUUCCUCCAAACAGAACUGAUUCCAUUGUGUGCCACGCUAGCUUGUCUUUAUGCUAAGCUAGGCUAACACAGCUAACACAGACAUAAUAGCUAUAUGGAUUGAGACAGGAAGAGCAGCCUGGAGCGGCAGAGGUUGUCUCUGAUUGGACGACACAGAAG